GUGCAGCGUUGCCCCUAGAUACAGGAUGUCGUAAUAAGGCAAUUGGAAGAGGGAGCGAGAGAGAGAGAAAGAGAGAGACUAAACAAAAUGGAAACAGGGGAGGAGUUAGAGCCUUGAGGAGAAAUGCAUGAGUUUUCCUGUUUGCGUUACAAGCCGACACCCCUCCGCCUGGCCGGGGAGUGGAAUGCUCCUGCUCCUCGCUCUGGGCUCUGUUGUUGUGCAGAGCUGCACAAGGCCUGACUGAGCCAGCUUGACAGGAAGAGAAGGGAGACUUCAAGACAGAGACAUGCAGCGGGUCGAGGGCCGCGAAGCCGUGUCAUCACCCCGUCCGACCGACACCACCGCUGAGGCGAGAGACAAAGGGAAGAGGGAGCAGAGAGGGAGCAUCAGUGGAAGCAGGAGGAAGUGAGGCAGAGGCAAGCAAGAGGAUAGAGAGAAGGACGACGAGGAGAAGGAGGAGGAGAAAGAGGGGAGGCAGUAACCCUCUCCUCUCCCGCACUCAGACGCCACAGAGAGGGAGAACGGCGAAAACAUAAAGGACAGGACGGACCGCCGCUUUAGUGCUCUUUAUUUCGCCGUCUCCUGUGGUCGCUCGGCCAGAGAGCGGCUAACAGGCACCGCUCAUGUCCGUGAACUCGGAGAAAUCCUCGUCCCCUGAAAGGCCUGAAACCCAGCAGAAAGCCCCGGUGAGUACCCCGCCCCCUCCCCCGCCACCUCCUCCACCUCCCCCUGAGCUGGCAGGGCCACCGGAGCCGGAGGAAGAGAUCCUGGGCUCGGAUGACGAGGAGCAGGAGGACCCAGCAGACUACUGUAAAGGAGGAUACCAUCUGGUGAAGAUCGGGGAUUUAUUCAACGGAAGGUACCAUGUGAUCAGGAAGUUAGGAUGGGGCCACUUUUCCACAGUAUGGCUGUGCUGGGACAUACAAGUGAAGAACUUUGUGGCGAUGAAGGUGGUGAAGAGCGCCCAGCACUACACAGAAACGGCCCUGGAUGAAAUCAAAUUGUUGCGAUGUGUGAGAGAAAGUGACCCCAGCGACCCGAACAAAGACAUGGUGGUGCAGCUGAUAGACGACUUCAAGAUCUCUGGAGUCAAUGGCAUACAUGUGUGUAUGGUGUUUGAGGUACUGGGUCAUCACCUGCUGAAAUGGAUCAUUAAAUCCAACUACCAAGGUCUGCCGCUACCAUGUGUCAAAAGCAUCAUCAGACAGGUCUUGCAGGGUUUGGACUACCUCCACACGAAGUGUAAAAUCAUCCACACAGACAUCAAACCCGAGAACAUCCUGAUGUGUGUAGACGACGUAUUCGUGAGGCGCAUGGCCAUGGAGGCGACUGAAUGGCAGAAAGCUGGAGCUCCGCCCCCAUCCGGAUCAGCCGUUAGCACAGCGCCCCAGCUCAAACCGGUGAGUACAGCUGAUGUGGGUAAAAUCUCCAAGAACAAGAAAAAGAAGCUGAAGAAGAAACAGAAGCGGCAAGCCGAGCUGCUGGAAAGGCGGAUGUUGGAGAUCGAAGCCCUGGAGCGAGAGGCGGAGAUCAAGGAAGAGAGGGCCAAAGAAUCCGGGGACAAAGGUGACGAUGAACACAACCUGCCUUCGCUGCUGCAGCCACCGCCGGCCUCUCUGGGCCCCAGCAUAGCUCUGGGAGAGAGCGACGAUGACGACGACGACGAGGAGGACGGAGAGGAUGAGGAGGAGGAGGGAGUAGAACGAGAGAGGCCCAUCAGGUUGACUAAUCAUACAUGCGCAGCGCCUCCCCAGGAGCAAAGUGAAGCGCCGCAAAUCCCCGCUGAUAACCAAGAGGAGGAGGGGGAGGAAGAGGAACAAGAAGAGGAAGAAGAGGACGAAGAAGAAGAAGAAGAAGAGGAGGAGCCCACGCCUGUCGCUGAAAAAGAUGCCUCCAUUCCCCCCACCUCAGAAGAAGGUAAUGGAGAGUCUGCACAAGCAGACGGGGAGGGAAAGGAGGAGGAGGAGCCUCUGAGAGGGGCAGAGAAGGAGAAUGUGAAGGAAGAGGAGGAGGAGACGGAGGAAAAGGAAGUGGAAGAUCAAAAUGAAGAGCAAGGGGAGAGGAAGCAAGAGGAGGAACAGGAUGGAGACACUGGAACAGAGGCACCAAAGACUGAGAGCAAAACAGAUGAGGGGGCAGCUGUGGAAGACGAGGACUCAAAGGAGCAGGAGGGAGAGGAGAUAUGCGACGACGACGAAGAAGACGACGACGACGAUGAUACAACGACGACAACGAACACGGCAGACCUCCUCACAGACAGCACCUCUCCAGCUAAACCCCAAAUCAACAAAACGAAUUCAGCCAAAACUAACGGGCACGUUUUGUUGGUCUCCGAGUCGCUAAGACUGAACCCCGGCACGUCCCCGCCUCCAUCGCCCAUCCCGGAGCCUCUUCUCUGCCCCCUGGUGGAGUCCGAGCUCAGCUACACGGACAGGGACAUCUCGCUCAGCUCCGGGUACGAGAUGUAUAACGGCGAAGUGGCUGAGCCGGUGCUGACCAACGGCUCCAGCGAACAGCAUCGGGCCGCGUUGCCCCUCUUCCCUGACCUGCCUUUGGAUCCGGAGCCUGAGCCUGGAAGCCCAGUUGCGGUGGGGACAGUGAACAUUGGGACAGAACCCUCCACAAAUAGCCCCACCGCAGACCGUAGUCGCACUGUGUCGUCGUCAAGCACAGGAGACACACCAAAAGUCAGGGCCAGAGCUGCGGACCUCCUGAUCAACCCACUAGACCCCCGCAACGCUGACUCCAUCAGGGUCAAAAUCGCUGACCUGGGAAACGCCUGCUGGGUGCACAAGCACUUUACAGAGGACAUCCAGACGAGACAGUACCGCUCCAUCGAAGUGUUGAUAGGAGCCGGCUACGGUACGCCGGCGGACAUCUGGAGCACCGCCUGCAUGGCGUUCGAGCUGGCCACAGGAGAUUACCUGUUUGAGCCUCACUCUGGAGAGGACUACUCCCGUGAUGAGGACCACAUAGCUCACAUCAUAGAGCUGCUGGGCUGUAUCCCGAGGCACUUUGCUCUCUCUGGAAAGUAUUCCCGGGAGUUCUUCAACAGAAGAGACCACAUCGCUCUGAUCACGGAGCUCCUCGGGAAGGUCCCGCGCAAAGUGGUAGCUGCUGGGAAGUUCAGCCGAGAGUUUUUCUCCAAGAAAGGCGAGCUGCGGCACAUCACCAAGCUGAAGCCGUGGUCUCUGUUCGACGUGCUGGUCGAGAAGUACGGCUGGUCGCACGAAGACGCCGGCCACUUCACUCAGUUCCUGCUGCCCAUGCUGGAGAUGGUGCCUGAGAAGAGGGCCUCGGCAGGAGAAUGCCUAAACCACCCGUGGCUUAGCUCAUAGCCGCAGACUUCGACCAACCACCCCACACCACCUCCCUGUCUCCUCCCAUUUCCCCCCACAACUUUGAGCCCAGAACAUCGACCCUUUGUUGGCAGCGCGUGGAGCCGUCGUGUGGAGUGAAGCUUCCCUCCUCCCAUUUCUAACGCAUCCAUCCCACACGCACCCGAUCAGGCUCGGCUCCUACAUGGGGGGUGUGUGUGAAAACAAAGCUUGUGGCAAUGACUACAACCGAGGAAUCAGAAGACGAGAGGAUGGAUCUUAGUGAAGUGAGAGGCCGGAACAAAACGUGUUGUUGCCUCUUCCGCCAUCAAGACAUCAGCCUCUUCUUCACGUCUUCUUCUAAUUAGUUUAAACUAACGAAAGCUGCUCAUCUCCACAGUAAGAAAAGUCAACAAGAAACCUUCUUGCUCUGCUGACAGAUGGCCCAGAGCUCCGUCUUCCAUGGCCAACCGGAGCCCGUAAGGACAAAUGAGGGUGCGUGUGUUAUUUUGCGAGAGAAUGGACGUUUGUAGCCUACGUGCCCUCUAUAACAAACUUCAGCGAGUACCGACAUCUGACUUUACAGUUUACAGCUUUCUUACAUGAAUACAUGAAUUAAAUUAAAAAAAAAAAGCUCAUCUCACCCAGCGCUGCUUCUUAACAUGCUCUACGGUCUUGAACUGGGACUGCAGGGGGGGAAGGGGGCGUCCCACCGGCAGGUGCAGAGAAGGUUUGGUAUCGAAACAAUCAGUAUUAACCUGGAGGAGGCUGUGCUUGCUGCCUGAAGUUUUUGAAAUGCAUGGAGAGACUGCUGCAUCGGCACAAAGCAAGACGACAAGCCAACGGUGGUUGUUGGUUUCAGCUCGCCGCUCGGAUACGGGAAUGGUAUUAGGAAAUGUCGGUGCCCAGCUCCACACCCCCUCUUAAGGAACGACACUUUUCACUCCCCGAGUUUUUGACAUUCCCAAAUCCUCAUCUCCUCUGACUUCAUUCCUACGAACAAUUUUCUUGAAUCCUUCUGUUGUACGUUUACUAGAGCCCAUUGGUACAACCCCCAGCCUGUCUUUUUGCCCUGCGGAGGAACCCCAGCUAUCCCUGAGCCCCUCCAGAAAGGAGGAGGGGCGCGGUCAUGUGGAAGGUUGCACUUGUCUUUGUAAAUGUCUUUCAGGGAUUUGAAACCUUUGUACAUAGAACUAGAUUUCGCAACGCAAAUAAGCGACUGUGGACAAAUUUGUGGACAAACACCCCAAGUAUCAUUCCAAAAAAAGAAUAAUGAUAAUAAUAAAAUAACAUAACUGGUUUCUGUUGUCGGCAGUGCUUGACUUCCCCUCGGAGUAAAACAGGAAUGGGACAUCCUGCCACUGAUUACAGACUUGGAGGAAGGCUCAAACUGACUUGUGCUGCCACCUGGAGGCAGAAUGGGAGUACUGCAUGGCCACACAAUGCUGCUACUCUCAGUGCCAACACUCCGACAAGUUUCACCAUCUCUGUCUACUUAAUCACACACACAGACACACACAAAUCUUGAAUCAUCACAAUUAAUCCAGUUGCCUAUUUUUCGCAAUAAAUGAAAAAAAAAGAUGAUUAUAAUUAAAUGGUGAGAUAUUUUUAAAAACUAUUUAAUUCAUUAAAAAUAUAGGGGGGAAAGCAAACAUCUUCUGUCUGGUGAUUGUGACCGUGACAGAAAAUUGUCUUAUACUGAGGUGAUUGUGUUUGUCUAUUAGAGAUGUUUUUAUUCGUUUUGUCAUUAAUAUUAUUAUUAUUGAACUUUUUUUUAAACGCCUCUCCCCGCCCUUCUUACUUGAACAGUGCUGCCCUCUAUGGGUCGUUGAUGGCGACGAAAAGGAAAAACUGUUUUGCAAUAAAGGGUAUGUGAUGAGUUCUUUUUUUUUUUUCCACUUUUGCACCAAAUCCUCUUGAUCUCAAAUCGCUCAGCCAUGCUGACUGUUCUUCCUGAUGACAUCGACAGAAUUGAGUUUUGUCUGUUUUUCAUUGACAGAUUUAAUAAAUUGUAGAUUAAUGGAUUCUC